AUGCUAUUAAAAGAAAUUGCUAGGUUUUCAUUGCAACAUCGAACUCUGUAUUGCUAUUUGAUACUGAGCAUUUGGAUAUUUUUGCUGAUAGCAGGCAUGUACAAGUACAUCGGUUCCAUAGAAAACGGUAAUAAUCUACUGAGCGCGAAGGGAUUCGGAUAUCGCAAGACGGAAUCCUACCUUGUAGGAGAAGGAGAUCCGACGGGAAGAAACAGAGUUAGGGAAAUUAAUCAGACCGACUGUACGCAUCCUUAUGCGAUUGUAACGGGCGAGGAAGGUGGUUCGUUGGAGGGUUGGACAUUGCAGGGCGUAUUGCUGCUAAUACGUCACGGUGACCGUGGCCCAAUGGCACAUGUGCGAGGAAUCAAUGAGGUUGAUUGUGGAUACGAAAACGAUCCUUCUCUGGCCAGAUAUAUCACCUUCCUGCAGAAUACUACGACAGCAAGUACUAGCAGUGGGCACUGGAUGAAAAUGGGCCCUUUCCACGGAUUUCCCCUACUGCCGGCCGCGACAAAGGUAUGCUUGUUGGCGCAGUUAACGCACAAAGGAAUUGCACAGAUGCUACACGUGGGCGAUAUAGUUCGACAAGCUUACGCGAAUGCUCUCGGUCUAUACGCACGUGUGCCGAUGAGUACACCGAGAACCACACCAUAUAAUGGCACGGAUGGUGCAUCGAAUCCAACGUCUGGUUUUCAGUACGUGGUGGAUGAUGUCGUCAUAUACUCUACGCGCUAUCGUCGAACGUUUCAAUCGGCAAUGGCUUUACUGUUUGCGGUUCUACCACCCGAGAAGUGGCUAGCAAUGCAGAUACAGGAAAGUCACAGCUUGUCUUAUUGCUUCUCGGAUUGUGCCUGUCCCCAGGCGGAAAAGUUGAAGAAACAGCUGGCGAACGAGAUGAGUGGCCAUCUGGCAAAACAUCCCGCCAUUGGUGCGAUAGUGCAGUGGAUAGGAGCGGCCUUGCUACAGAAUCCACAGGCGGCGGGACAACAGAUAAAUCCACUCGAGAUACGUGAUGCACUGCUGGCCCAUAUUUGCCAUGGAGCCCCUUUGCCUUGUCGGAAGAUUCACAGCAAUGUCCAGACAGUGGAUGGACAUCGAUAUGGGUCUAAAGCUCCGAUUAGCUCAACGCAAGACCCACUCGGUCUGGAUGUGAUCAACAUCGAUCUGGAUGAACCAACGCUUGGUGGAGGGUCUGGGCCACCCAUCAACACGGAACAACCGGAUGAUUCGGAUACGACGGAGCAGGAGCCGGAAAUUGAAGGGUGCGUUGAGAAGAGUCACGUGCUUGCCUUGAUGUCAUACAUCCACUGGGCAGGCAUGAAGGAACUGUACAGCCAAUCAAUGCGCCAACAGGGACUGUUGCGAUCGUACGGGCUGAUGAGGAAUAUCGUUGCGUACAUGCUGCGUAUGAUCUCCGGCGAUCGGGUAAAGUUUGUUCUUUACUCUGGACACGAUAAAACAAUUGAGUAUUUGAUAGCCUCGCUUGGCGUACAGCUGGAGAAUCCAUUCAUACCGUACGCAUCGCGGAUGGCUUUUGAGGUGUACAAAAGCGAGAAGGAUACGCAGUACUAUUUUCGUUUAGUUUAUAACGGCCGCGAUGUCACGAACACUAUAGACGUUUGCGAAAGCGGUAAAAGUCUAAAUGUACCGAGAGGUAUUCGUGGUGGACGGGGGCAUCUUUGUCCAAUCGAAAACAUUAUUCGGUUCAUUCACGAUGAUUACUUUCUGUCGCUUAAUGCUACCAACUACAAGGAUGCUUGUCUCGCGCAGACAAAGCAGGAAGGAUUUUUCUAG